AUGACAGAUUUCUGGAAAACUGAAGCUAUGGGAGUAGCUGUGAAGUCCUGCACAUGUGAACCAGAAAAGCUCAGCCCAGCAGAACUAAAGGAAGCCAAAAUAAUAGAAGAAUCCUGUACCAGAGAUGGAAACCGAUGGACCGUCCCUUACCCUUGGAAAAGGGAUCCGAAACAGCUACCGGAUAACAAGAUCCAGAUAGAGAAGAGGCUCUAUUCAACAGAACGCCGACUUGCAAAAAACGCAACUCAUGCAGAAACCUAUGAUGCCCAGAUGAAGGAAAUGGUGGAAAAGAAGUUUGCCCGGAAGCUGUCUGAGGCUGAGCUGAAGUCAUACAAAGGUCCUGUACACUACAUCUCUCAUCAUGGAGUUCUGAGGCCAGAAAGUAAGAGCACACCUCUCCGAAUCGUCUUCAAUUCUUCUGCAACUUACCAUGGGCAAUGUCUAAAUGACUACUGGUACAAGGGGCCUGACCUUCUAAACAACUUAUUUGGAGUCAUUAUGAAGUUCCGUGAAAAUGAAGUGGCAGUCAUUGCAGACAUCUCAAAGAUGUACCACCAAAUUCUGAUUCCAGAGCGUGAUCAGCAUGUUCAUCGCUUCUUGUGGAGAAACCUGAAUGCUGACCGUACACCUGAUGUUUACGUCAAGACAGUUCUGACGUUUGGGGAUAAGCCAGCUCCCGCCAUGGCACAGAUCGCCCUGAAGAAAACAGCUGAGGCUGCCGAGAAACAAUCUCCAGAUGCAGCACGAGUCCUAAAAGAGAACACGUAUAUGGACGACAUAUGCGAUUCCGUCCACACUGUAAAUGAGGCCAAGAAGCUGACGAGUGAAAUAGAUGAGGUGUUAGCCAGCCUUUUACUCGGAAUCCCCCUUCAGCUAUCUAACAAAGCUCUGGAAGAAAACUAUAACAGUGACAAGGAAGAUGAGACAAUGAAGUUUCUGGACACCACAACUGAUGAAAAAGUGCUGGGGACAGUAUGGAACCGCAAAACUGACGAAUUCCACUACAAGGUCAACUUGGACUUGGACAAGAAUUUGUCCACCGAUGACCGAGAAGUGAUGCAGAGAAAGUUAACAAAGCGUCAAAUCCUGAGCCAGAUUGCACAGAUCUUUGACCCGAUUGGAUUUGCUGCAGCCUUUCUAAUCCGUUACAAGAUUGGAAUGCAGCAUCUAUGGCAACAGGGUCUAGACUGGGACCAAGAAAUACCCAAGGCAGAUCAUGACCACUGGAUUCAACUAUUCAAAGAGAUGAAAGGGUUGAACGAGAUCAGUUUCAAAAGAUGUCUCACCCCGUCGAAUGCUGUUGGUGUACCCAUGCUGUGUAUCUUCUGCGAUGCUUCAGAGGAAGCUUUCGGAGCCUGUGCCUUUGUUCGAUGGCAAAUAUAUGAUGGCACCUAUGAUGUCCGAUUCGUUGCAGCCAAGUCUAGAGUAGCACCACUGAAGAGGCUCACCAUCCCACGAUUGGAACUGCAGGCAGCAGUUAUGGGUACAAGGCUGUACCAGGCCAUCAUGGAAGAAAUGCGCCUACCAGUGAAGGAAGCAGUGUUUAUGACUGACAGUAUGAUUGCCCUAUCUUGGAUUCGAAGCCAAGCCAGAGGUUUCAAACCAUUUGUAUCCAACCGAGUAAGCGAGAUUCAGAGCCAAACAGAUCCGUCACAGUGGAGGCAUGUUCCAGGAGAGCUGAAUGUAGCAGAUGACGUCUCUCGUGGAGUACCUGUGAAACAAUUGACCCAGCGUUGGAAAAAUGGUCCAGAAUUCCUGCGCUUCCCAGAAGAAAGUUGGCCACAAGAAGCAGAGAGGGUGAACCAGAUAGAGGUAGAUAAGGAACGACACAAGACCCAAGCUGUAUUCAUAACAACCGAAACUCAGGAAGUCAUUGACGGCAAGAAGUAUUCCAGCUGGAGAAAGCUAAUCAGAGUCACAGCCUACGUUCAUCGAUUUGUCCAGAACAUACGAGCCAAGAUGCAGUCUUGUGUAAACAAGGAGUCUAAACAGGGUCCACUCUCACCCCAAGAGCUGACAGAAGCUGCCAACUACUGGAUUAUCAAGGCACAGAAAAAUCUACACAAACGCAUGGCCAACGGAGAGUUCAAGUCAUUGAGUCCCUUCACCGAUGAUGCAGGAAUCUUAAGGGUUGGAGGCCGACUGCAGGAGUCUACGAUGUUGUACACUACAAAGCACCCAGCACUGCUUCCCCAUGAUCAUCACAUUUCCAUUCUGAUUGUGCGGAAUAUACACCAACAGGGCCACACUGGUGUUGCCACCACUGUUGCGAAAACAAGGCAAAGAUACUGGAUCCUAAAGGCACACAACCUAGCCAAGACGAUCAAAUACCGCUGUGUGGUUUGCAGAGAAGCAGAGCACAAACUUGAGACACAGAUCAUGGCUGAUUUACCGAAGCAACGCCUGGCACCAUACACGCCACCAUUCUACUUCACGUCAUGCGACUACUUUGGACCCUACCAAGUGAAGAUUGGACGUAACAAAACAGCCAAACACUAUGGAGUGAUCUUUACUUGCCUGAACACCAGAGCAGUGCACCUAGAGCUAGCAGUAGACUGUUCCACUAUGGAAUACAUUCAAGUGCUCCGCAGAUUCUUCUCUAUGAGAGGCUAUCCAGCUAAGAUGAUUAGUGACAACAGAACCCAACUGGUCGGAGCACAACGGGAACUUCAAAAGAUGAUUCAAGGUUGGAACAUCGAAGAGCUGAAACAGUUCGGGGCAGAGAAAGGCAUGGAAUGGAAGUUCAUCACACCAAGAGCACCACAUCAAAAUGGGUGUGCAGAGGCAUUAGUCAAGAGCUGCAAGACCGCGCUGAAAAGGGCUGUUGGGGCUCAGGUGCUGACUCCAUUUGAGCUUUACACAGUUUUACUAGAAGUUGCGAACCUCGUAAACCAACGCCCGAUUGGAAGGAUCCCAAAUGACCCAGAUGAUGGUUCCUACCUGAGUCCGAAUGAUAUACUACUUGGAAGAGCAUCGACUGAUGCUCCUCAGGGGCCAUUCCAGGAGACCAAAAAUCCUAGGCACCGCGUGGAGUUUGUGCAGAAGAUCAUUGACUCUUUCUGGAAGCGCUGGAGCCGAGAUGUUCUACCCUGCCUGGUACCAUGCAAGAAAUGGAGAGCUGAAAGGCGUAACGUACGGGUUGGUGAUGUGGUAACUGUGUCAGAUACCAAUGCAGUCCGGGGCAAGUGGUGUGUCGGUAGGGUUCUCGAGGUCUUCCCUGGAUUGGAUGGCAUGGUGAGGAACGUGAAGGUGAAGACUGAGAGCGGAGAGUACCAGAGGACUAUCACAAAGAUAGCAGUGAUCUACUCGGCAGAAGGUUAUGAUGAGGACUAG